AAUUGUUCUUUACCGUAUUCCUUGUAACUUGACUAAUAUUCAAAAUCUGGAAUUAUCAAAAUGUAUAUCAAAAAUUCAUAAUGUGUUUCGACAAAAUGGUAAUCUGUCAAAUUAUAGCUUGGAAUCUUUAAAUGAUGAUAUUGAAUUUGAGCAUAAUGAUUUGUUGAUUCGAGAUGUUGUCGCCGAUCAGGUUAAAACAGUCUGUGCGGCUGAAGUUCAAAAAAGGAUUCCGUCGCAAAAUUACGAUCUAGUUAGAUACCGGAGUAAUCGCGUAUCAGAUGAUGAUGUUGUGAAUAUGGUUCGACAAGAAAUUAGGAAAGCUGUUGAAGAAAUGUUAUACACUUAUUCUCAAGAUAAGUUAAACAAAGCAGAUUUUGCCCUUUCAACUGGUGGUGCGAAAAUUAUUAGUCCGCUUACUUCACCAACUUAUGAACAGUGGCCGACACAAUGGUACAAAAUGGCAUUUGCAAAAUUAACAGGACAUGGAAUUACAAGGGGAAAACCACCUGUCACAGCUCUCCAACCAGAUGUACAUGUUGGACAGUGUUGGCCUUUUGCCGGACAAAAAGGGCAAUUGGCAGUACUAUUGAGUCGACAAAUUUACGUAACUGCUGUAACUUAUGAUCAUGUUAGUAAAACUA